GGACCCGGAAGCAGAUGCCGGUGUCCAGAGGAAGGGAGAAGCGAGCGGCGAGGGUCGGACCGCGGUGGGAACAGUCUCCCCCCAUUCCCGGAACCUGGUGACCUUUGACCCCGCUCUUUUUUUGGGGGGGUCCUCUCUCAUUCACCCGAACCCCUCUCUCUUGGCGCCCUUUGACCUUUGCCCCCCUCAGGGCCCUUGGACUCGGGGCCACACCUCUCCCCCCCCCGAGAUGCCUUGGAAGCGGGGGCUCCGGUUCCUGGGGAGCUGCUCUGCGGGGAGGGUCGCCCCUGAGGGGGCCAGGCUGGCACGACCCUCCUCCGGGACCCACAGCUCCGAGGGGAGACCUGACAGCUGCAGGAAGAGGAGGCAGGAAACCGUGGCGCUCCCAGCAUCUCCUCGGGAGGAGCAGGAAAAGCUGCCUUACCCAGGAAGGUGGUUCCUGCAGGGGGAAAACUCUUGUCACACCGCAAGCGCCACAGGAUGGGCUGCCGAUCAUUCCGGUGACCAGCCGCUUCCCAUGCCCACAGGGGCACCCAGGCUUUGGGGAGUCUCCAGCUUUGGUCGCCCCCGUCUGAUUCAUCAGAGCGCUCCGCUUCGAGGUCUCACGGUGGAGGACAUCCAGAAAGCGAGGCAAUCUCGGCCCAGGAAAGACCAGGAGAGUCUGGGCAAAAUGAGGCAGAAGCUCAGUGAGAGGGCCCGCGAGCGGAAAGUGCCAGUGACCCGCGUUGGACGCCUUGCGAAUUUUGGAGGUCUGGCUGUGGGCCUGGGCUUUGGAGCCUUGGUGGAAGUGGCGAGGAACUCCCUUAACGGGGAGCAAAAAAUCAAGGACGCAAGCUUCCUACUGGAAUCCAACCCCUUCCUGUCGGAGGCAAACGCCGAGCGAAUCGUGGAUACCCUCUGCAAGAUGCGUGGGGCUGCCCUCAAGAUUGGCCAGAUGUUGAGCAUUCAAGACAACAGCUUCAUCAGCCCCCAGCUGCAGCAGAUCUUCCAGCGUGUCCGACAAAGCGCCGACUUCAUGCCGCCCUCUCAGAUGAUGGGUGUCCUGGUGGAAGAACUGGGUGCUGACUGGCGGGACAGAGUGGCCUCCUUUGAGGAAACGCCCUUUGCGGCCGCCUCCAUCGGCCAAGUGCACCUUGGAGUGCUGAAGGAUGGGACUGAAGUGGCCAUGAAGAUCCAGUACCCAGGCAUUGCUCAGAGCAUCCGAAGUGACGUGGAUAACCUGUUGGUGGUGCUCAAGAUGAGCAUGAUGCUCCCAGAAGGCCUCUUUGCUGACAACACCCUGCAGGUGCUUCAGAAGGAGCUGGAGUGGGAAUGCGACUACCAGCGGGAGGCUCAGUGCGCCCGGAAGUUCAGGCACCUCCUGGAAGGUGACCCGUUCUUUGAGGUGCCCAAGGUGGUAGAGGAGCUGUCCACCCACAGGGUCCUGUCGAUGGAGCUGGCGGGGGGCGUCCCGCUGGACCGCUGCCAGGAUCUCAGCCAGGAGCUGCGGAAUGAGAUCUGUUCCCACAUCCUUCGCCUGUGCCUCCGAGAGGUCUUUGAGUUCCGCUUCAUGCAGACCGAUCCAAACUGGUCCAAUUUUUUCUACGAUGCCGAGAGGCACAAGGUGACCCUGCUGGACUUUGGGGCCAGCCGAGACUUCAGCAAAGAGUUCACUGACAAUUACAUUGAGGUGGUGAGGGCCGCGGCAGACGGAGACCGGGCCAAAGUGCUGCAGAAGUCCAAAGACCUCAAGUUCAUGACGGGCUUCGAGACUAAGGUGUUUGAGGAUGCCCACGUGGACGCCGUGAUGAUCCUGGGAGAGGCCUUCUCCACGCCGGGCCCCUUCGACUUUGGCACCCAGCGCACCACUCGCUGCAUCCAGGACCUCAUUCCCGUGAUGCUGAAGCACCGACUCAGCCCCCCUCCGGAGGAGAGCUACUCGCUGCACCGCAAGAUCGCCGGAUCCUUCCUCAUCUGCGCACGACUCGGGGCUGCCAUCCCCUGCCGGGAGAUGUUCGAAGAGGCCUAUGCCCGGUACUUGGCCAGGGAGCGCCCAGCUCCCAUGGCCGGCAGGGUCUAGGGGGAUCCUCCGCUGUUUCCAUGAGUGGAUCCUGCAGCUCGCCAGUGGCUGGAACUCUCCGUGAGAGAGCCCUGACCAUUCUGCUGCCAGGACAGCUUGCGUGGGGCAGGGGCCCUCUGUGGGGCAGCAUCUCGGCCAAGCGGGGGUCUUUCUUUGGACCAGCCUCUGGCUGGUAUUAGACCUGCCCUCUAACACAGCCGCCUGCCCUGGCAUCUUCAUCCUCGACCCCUCUGGCAGCCUCCUCUGAGCAAGGGAAGGAGUAGCGCCAGCCGGUUCUGCCCCACACCCUCGCUUGGCCUCCUGCCCUCUCUCCUGCCCCCUACAGGCCCGGUGUCCCUAGGGCAGCAAGAACUGAGGUGCCGCCGCCACCCAAAAGGGUGCGGUCAAAUCAGCGAGGUUUGGCGCUCCUUGCAAUCGACUCCCUUGGAGGAACCGAAGGUUCUCAUUGCCAAGCAAAGAGGCUUGAAGAAGCUCAAGUGAUUUGGGGGCUGUCAGUCUCCCGGGAAUGAUAAAAGAGCUUCGCUGCUGCUCCCAAGGAGAUCCAUCCUUCCCCACGUACCUUUCCGGUUCCUAACUCCAGCCAGGAGAGUCCUGGGUUCCUCCAUCUGUGGCCUUUGAAUCAGGAGGACAUGAGCGCUGCUAGACUGUCCUUGAGCUGGGGCUUGUCCCACCCGUGAAAGGGACCCCUCCCCUCCUUCUGCUUUUAAUAUAUAAACUUGGGUGUGACUUUAAGCUGGGGCAGCUAGACGAAGGCUUAAGUGUUGUAAAAGAGAGAAAGGCAGCGAGAGAUCUGGGGGGAGAGGGAUCUGGCAGAAGCAACUGGGUCUCGGGCCUGACUUGGGUGGCCAAAGUGUGUGUGUGUCUGUAUGUGUCUCUGCCCAUUACAGCUACCGGGUGUAUUUUAAAAUGAAAAAA